CGUUAGUGCACUAUUACGCUCCUACGAGUGAUUUGACAUUCCGCCUUCCAUGGAGUGAAAAUUUGCCGUGUUUGCCGUGUUCACUUUAUAAGACAGGGAGUGAAUCUGAUAGCAGUCGUCGAGGUGUCGCGAUGGGGGUAACAAUCAAAGUGGAAUAUUGUGGCGGAUGAGGCUACGAGCCCCGCUAUCAGGAGCUCAAGCGAGUCGUCGUCGCUGAGUUUCCUGAGGCGGAGGUGUCUGGCUUCGUCGGCAGACAAGGGAGCUUUGAGAUCGAGAUCAACGGACAGCUAGUUUUCUCAAAGCUAGAAACCAGCGGUUUUCCAUACGAAGACGACGUCAUGGAGGCCAUUCAGAAAGCCCAUGAUGGCAAACCAGUGGAGAAGAUCACCAAGAGCCGGCCACCUUGCGUCAUACUCUAACUGCAAGCUUUUGUUUACCUCAGAAACAACAAGCCUAUGAGUGAAACCAUCAUGACUGUGUAACGGCUCCUUGGAUGUCUCCUUUCACUUCUGCUUCAAAUGAAGUGUUUUUGGACGUUAAUGAUUGGUGUAGCUAAAAACUAAAGGUUGCACUAUGAAGCUCUCAGUCCAAUCACUGUCAAAUCUGGAGCAGAGAUGAAGAGAUGGCAUUUAACUUUGCAUUAAAGAAAUAUAGGCAUUUAUAUGUGGGGGAAAAAAGUCUAACUAUUUAUAUGUAACAUUUGAUUCAGGGGUUUGUUUUGUUUUGUUUUGUUUUGUAAUUUACCUGAAUAUUCUUCUGAAAUUUACACUUGGCUUUGUAGUGAAGUCUCAGUUAAAGGAGACUCGGAAGUCUUUAACAUGUUACUGUACUUUUUGACUUUAUUGUUCAACAGGUAAAACUUGGUACACCACAUUGAAUAUUCACUUUUACACCAUCAACAAACAAAACAAGCAAGUGGAAAUCAAACAAUUAUGGAGCGCUCCUGUUCAUUUACAUCACUGCCAAAAUUGAUCCCAUGUUUUUUUUCCCCCAUUUCAUAGCUCAGAAAUUUACGCCAGACAUGUUACUGUACUAAAUUCAGACUUGAACCUUAUUUUUGCUGCCUUGAUUCUUCAAUUAUAUCUAUUUAAUUAUAGAUGAUAAUAUAUGAUUCGUGAACAUUAAAUACAUUGCUUAUAGCUGCUUAUUAGAAGUAGAAUUAAGCAUGUAGAACUUAACAAAUCGUACAAAGUAGCAUUGCUAAUCCUUUUCAGGAACUGGUUAAGAUGUUGAAAUGGCUUUUUCGUAAUGUUUCCUUGAUUAUUUUGUAAGACUAUUUCCUGGUCAAACAAAAAAAUUGCAGCUAUUUGUUUAAAUCUGCCCUUUACCUUCAUAAUAGUUGAAAAGUUACAGUUAGGACUUUAUCAGGGAUAGAGAAGUCGUGAAUGUUGUUCUUGUCCAUUCUCCUUACACGUUUUGUCUGUAAGUUGUGUAACCUUAAUGUUGAGAAAUUAUUAUAACAGCUUUGUCAAACAAAACCGUAAAUGGUUGUCUGCUCUUGUGUUGAACAUCUACUUUUGCAUUUGACAUUGAGUCAUUAUUGUUGUCUGAUUGCACAACCACAAUAUCAGAGAGCAAAUAAGGUUAAAGUACGAAGCAGCAUAAACACGUCUUAUCUUUUAUCGCCUUAAACUCUAGCCCAGAUCAUCUCUCCCCAUCAUGACUCUUAAUUUUUUUAAUGUCAAAAUUCUCUGUUAACAUGCUCCAUGCUUGAAUAAAAAUUUGUUGAAAGUG